AUGGCUCUCAAUGAUAAUCAAAUUGCAAAUUUAUUGUAUGGAGAUUUAUCAGAUAUUGAUGAAUUUGAAGAGUCAGAUAAUGAUGAAGAAAAUAUUGAUUUCCUGGAUGCUUUCAGAGACAUGGACAACUUUUUGCAUCAAAAUGAUUUUGAAUUAAAGAAUUUAGUUAAUCAAGAUAAUGAAAAUAUUGCUGAUGAUCUUCAUGAAGAGGUACUUGAUGAUGAUAUAGACAAUUAUACUCCAAUGGUACCUAAUUGGAUAAGUGGUACAUGGGAAAAUCAAAAUUAUUGUUGUGAUAUUCAGUUUAUACCACCACCAGCUAAAUUACCAUUUUCUCCUCUUGAAUAUUUCAAAAAAUGUAUUGAUUCUGAUAUGAUAAAAAAUAUAUCAUAUCAAACUAAUCUUUACUCAACCCAAAAAUCGGGAUUUUCUGUGAAUACUAAUGAAACAGAAAUUGAACAAUUCAUAGGUAUUCACUUAAUUAUGUCAAUUAUAAAACUGUCAUCCUAUAAGAUGUUUUGGAAUCAAUAUUUAAGACAACCUAUUGUAGCAGAUAAUAUGAGUCGAAAUAGGUUUGACAAACUUAGAUCUAAUAUUCAUUUUGUGGAUAAUACUCUCUGUUUGCCUUCAAAUAAUUCAUUACAUGAUAAACUUUUUAAAGUCAGACCAUUUUUAGAUUCAAUAAAAAAUGAUUUUAAGUUGAUUGACUUAGAGGAACAUUUAUGUGUAGAUGAAAUUAUUAUACCAUUUAAAGGCCGGAGCACUAUGAAACAGUAUAACAAAGCAAAGCCUCACAAAUGGGGUAUAAAAGUAUUUGCAUUAGCAUAA